AGAAAGGCGUAUUCUGGGGCAUUGAGGUGGCUGAAACACUCAGGUGGCACGGCUGGGAACUUGGAAAAGAGAUGAUCAAACAUCUGGUCUUGAAAAAUGUGCACGAGAAAACCCAGAAGCUGAGCUACAGAUGUCCUUCUACGCGAUUCUUCUGCACUGUUUUUCCCCAGCCGAUCACUCUGAGUCCUGGUAUGUCCUUAAGCCUGCCGAUUGUUUUCCGGCCCACUGAAAAGAGGGACUAUGAAGACAGCAUCUGCUUUAAGAAGGCUGAGGGUGAGUUCUCUGUCACCCUGCAUGCUAUGCUCCCACGCCUCUGCCUGUCCUUCCCAGCUGCUGUCCAGUUGCCUAUCUGUGCUGUCCACAACGUCACGGAGAUGCUGUUCCCCGUGCGCAAUGUCGGUGACCUCGUUACUAUGUUUGCCUGGGAGACACCAAGCCCUUUCUCCAUGGUUCCUGACUGCGGCGUGCUGAGCCCAGGUGCUGAGUGCAUGGUCAAGGUGGUCUUCCAGCCCAAGGUGGCAGCAGUAUAUGAUGUGUCAGGAACAUGCUGGUUGGGAAAGGAAAGGAAACAAAAAAGGACAAUCCAGCUAAAAGCCCUGGCAAAAUACCCCUACCUGAGAGUGAGUGUGACAGGGGAGGAGUAUGAAGGUGUACAGCCUGGGAAGUUUCAGGAUACACUGUGCUUUGGAUCAGUGCCAGUGGGGACAGCUGUGGAGAAGUGUGUUGAAAUCUUCAACAUGUCUGUGGUUGAUGCACCGUGUAGGAUAGAAAGAGUAAAAGAUCCUUUGCUUCAGGAUCAUGUUUUCUCCUGUGACAUGUCCCAUGGUGUUGUUCCUGCCAAAGGGAAGCUGGUCUUGUGCAUACGAUUUCAGCCUCAGACAGUAGGAGAGCACAGUACUGACUACUUCACUAUCUCAUCUGCUGGAUGCCUCCUGCAGACUGUCCUGAAGGUGGUUGGAUCAUGUAGAGGUCCUUUAGUGUCACUUCACCAACAGUCUCUGGAUUUUGGCUGGAUCAACCUUGGAGAAAGUUCGAUGCAGACACUGAAAAUUAGCAACAUCUCAGAUGUCCCAGCCUACUACCAAUUUGAUAUUGAUGGCAGAGGGAGUGUCUUCUCUUUGGAUUGCCCUUGUGGAGUCUUGGAGGGCACAACAACAGUAGUGCUGAAGGUGACCUUUCGACCUACUCACCCCAUCAGCUAUCACCGCAGAGUGGUGUGCCUUGUCCACCAUCAGGAACCCAUGCAUGUGGAUUUUUUUGGCACCUGCCACUCAGACACAGUUAAGCCAGCCAUCCUUCAGGCAAGGCACCUUUCCUGGUACCGAACCAACAUGAUGAGGGGACUGACCUUCUACCCCCCUGAUAUCCUGAGUGUGAUGCUGAAGGAUGGGAAGUUGCAGAUGGAUGAAAAGGGAGCCCUCAUGCUGCCUCCUAAGAUCCCUCAGGACGAGCCUCCCAAAGAAUACUUUGAUGUCAACUCCAUGACUGAGUAUUUCUAUGACGGUGUAAGCUGCGACCUGGCCGUCUUCCCUCCUCAUGUUAGUGUCAGCCCCACGGAGCAUGAUUUUGGUUGCUGCACACCACUCUGCCGGGUAGAACCACUCCCUCUCUGCGUCACCAACCACACCAAAGGGAGUAUCACUGUUGCCUGGACCCUGAGCCCCAGCAGUGCCUUCCAAGUGAGCCCUGAAGUCUGUGACAUCCCACCUUUGAAGUCUUCAGCCUUCCGUGUCCUUUUCCAGCCCGCUCAGCUUAACAGUCUCUAUGCAGCGGAGCUGGAAGGGUUUGCCUUCUACAAGGUGCUGAGACACCACAGCAACAUUGAGGAGGAUGCCACCAUCUGUCCAUCCUGGUGCCUGAGUGUCAGGCUGAGAGCCCACACAUUUGAAGCAGGAAGGGAGCACUUCAUCCCACAGUACAUCCUGGAUGUCCCCAAGGCAUUUCCUCCUGUGGCUCCUAACACUGAUACCUACUGCAGUAUGCUGCUUUUGAACACAGGCACUUCUUCAAUAACCUUCAGUGUGAACCAAACUGCCUGUCCCUCUGUUUUGGUCAAGCCCUGUUCAGGACACAUCGUUCCAGGAUGCCACCAGAUUUUCUUUCUCUGCACUCACCCAGCUGACACAGUCUUGCAGCAGCUUGCUCUGCCUUUGCAGCUAAACUCUUUUCCUGGAUACACCAAGGAGAUUGCUCUCUGGAGUUGUGGGGAGUCUCUUCUUUUGCUCUUAGAAGGUGGUGGAAAUCUGUACUUCAAGCCUGUCUGCAUAGGAACCUCCUCGACACGAAUGUAUACCAUAAAAAAUGGCACAAGGCUACCCAUGAUUUUCACAUGGAAGAUCUGUCAGUCUGGCAGGAAGAUCCUGUCUGUCAGCCCCUCUACAGGGAUCCUCCAGCCCUAUGAAGCCAUGGCUCAGACAUGGACUUUUAAUCCUGACAAGGAGACCAAGUAUGUGUUGCAUGCCACGGUGUUUGUGAGGAGGAAAACCCCAGACCCUGUGUCUCCCAAAAGUGCCCAUUACGCCUUACGGAUUGUAGGAGAGGGGGCACUGGGCACCAUCAGGGCAGAAAAGGAGCACCUGGACUUGGGAAACAUUCUGGUUGGGGACCAGCAAAGCUGCAACCUUGUCCUGCUAAAUGAUGGCACCUGUUCCCUGAAGUAUAGCCUCAGUGUGGAGCAACUGACCGCUGGGGCCUGUGAACCUGGGGACACCCACAGUGAUCCGCUGGCUCUGGAGCUGGAACACUCCAGAGGGACAAUCCCUGCAAGGUCAAAAGCUUUUGUCCGAAUAACAGCCAGGCCAGCCCAUCGGCUGCAUUACACCUGGUCAAUCAAAUAUGCUCUUUGCACCCCCACAGCUACAGAUGCUGCAAGCACAGAAGAGGAGCAGCAGCCCCUUUGCUGUGUUGUGGCCAGAGGUGUCUACCCAACGCUGUGCAUCGCAGAUGCCUGUUCCGCAGGGAGUGCCAGUGGGAUCAGCAAGCUGCACCUCUGGAGCCUCUUUUCCUUGGACACAUUGAAUGAAUACCUGGAGCAAGAUCUGACUCCCAGCGAGCUGACCUACAGAGUUCCCACGAGGCACAGCACAUGCUUGAUCCCCCCAGUAUACACCCCUCUCCUGCUGGACUUCAACUUUGGGGCUGCCUCAAUAGGCUCAGAGCCUACCCUUGUGAUGCUCCUGCUGGUGAACAAGGGUGUGGUGCCUGUGGAGUGGGCCUUCCUGUUUCCUUCUGAUCAGAAGAUGGACAUGGAGCACUGGGCAGAGGAUGCUGAUUUUAGUCCCCAGGAGCUACACCAGAUGAGAAUUCAGGAUAACCAGCUCUUCAGUGUUUCUCCAAAGUCAGGGAGACUUCUUCCAGGAGAGGAGGCAUCUGUCCAGCUCUCGCACAGACAUGAUUUCAUUGGCACUGAUAACCUCCCUGUCCUGUUGAAGAUUUCCUAUGGCCAUGAGAUUCUGCUGAACUUCAGUGGCGUGACGAUGGAACGGGACCAGCCAUACAUUCACUUUCCAUCCACCAGCCACCUCUUCACACCCAUUGCCAUUGGGACCACCCACCCCCCCACACAGAUUUACAAACUCUACAAUGGUGGCUCUGUGCCUGUGACAUUUGAAGUUCAGCUGGACAACGUUGUGAGAAUCCAGAAGAAUAAUUUUGGGCACCCUGUGUUUGUCUGUCUAACUCCCAGAGGAGAAAUCCCUCCUGGCACAACAGGCCACAUCGAGUGGGUCUUCUCACCACUGGAAGCUAGGACGUACAUGGUUGAUGUUCCCAUCCACAUCCUGGGGGGAGAAGCAGCUCUGAUCACUUUCCAGGGAGUAGGAUACGAUCCAAAUACCAUAGGAGUGACUGACAUGUGCAGUGAAGUUUUGUCUCCUCCAGUCUUUCCAGGUUCCACCAAGCUAACUGUGCCUGGGCAGGCAGCCACCUUGUCACACCACCAGAUUUGCCUUGGAAACAUCCCAGACUCCACUAAAGCCAGUCGACUUGUCUUUCUCAACAAUAUCUCAGAGAGCAAGGCUGUUGUGUUCUCCUGGCGGAUGAGUGCCUUUAAAGACAAGAGGUUGUUGCAGAUUGCUCCAGAGUCAGGGGUUCUGCAGCCUGGAGAGAGCAUCCCCUGCUUCAUCACACUGCAACCUUCAGGGAGUGCUUCCUUCUGUAGCACAGAUUUGGUGUGUGAGGUAUACAUCCAGGAGUCCCUGGUUCAGUACAAGAGUGACCUGCAGGAGUGGGAAAAAGAGAAGGAACAUCAAGCUGUGGAAUUCACCAUCACAGAGGAGGACCUUGGGACUAAGAAGAAGCCAAAGUCCCCUGCAGGGAGGUCAUCAGAUUCUGCUGAGAUAAAAAAUCAUCCUGAAUCCUCAGCUGUGUUCAGGAAAUACAAGACAUUACCUCCUAUUAAAAACCACCCUAUGCCUCAUCUGCCAGCUGGACACUUUGAGAAGAGACUGCUGUUGGACAAAGAAGCCAGCCGGGUGCGGGUCAAACCAGAGCCUCCCAAGCCCAUGCUCUUACACCUUGUUGUGACAGCCAGGUCCUACUCUAUUGAGGACUUCUUCAGCAACUUCACCUCAGAGUUCCCCAAAUACUUCUUCUCCCGCCCCUUCAGCAACCAGACCUUGGAAAACAAGCUGGUGGAUGGGAGCAGAGACAGAGACAGGAUAGACAUGGAUCCCAAGUGGUUGUCCCUGGCUGCUGCUUCCAAUCAGGAGUUGCAGAUAGUGACUGACAUACUCACAGGUGUCAUCAGAGAUCUCUUGGAGAACACUCAGCUCCAUGACACGAUGAGAAGAAGCCUGGAUGAGCCCAUUCCGUAUUUUUCCCAGUUCCGGUAUGCGGAAUCAGCGGAGCUCCAGAACAGGAGGCUGUGCUCCAGGGUCCCCUCCAGGGUCUCUAUUUUGCCUGAUCUUUACCCUGAGAAGGAUGGAAAGAGGAAAGAAUCCAGGCAGGAAAACUCUCCUGAUUAUGAUUUGCUGAAGUCUUGGGAGAAGAAGGAGCAGUUGAAGGAGCAGAAGGAGAUGAUGAGCAGGCAGUCUGCCCUCGGGAACCUGGUGGAGCUGGUGCUGGAAAACACACUGCAGAACAUCCUGGUCGAAGCCAGCCGUGGAGAGGUGGUACUGACAGCCAUGCCCAGGAUCAUUACUCUGCCCCCUACCCCUUCCCGAAGAAUCACCAGUCCAGCACCUCUACCCUCCAGAGCAUAGCUGCUGGACACUGUGCUGCUUGAGGCCUUCAAGCACAUCAGCUAUCUCCACUCUUCAUCCUGUCCCUCUGAUGUUCAGAUCAACUCUGAUCCUCCCACAACAUGACCUGAGCUCAGUGUGCUGGCUGCCUCUGAGGAGGUAUGUCCUGACUAUGUCUUCAGCUCCAGUUUGAAUCUGCAGGGUUCAUGAGAUCUCUCUGUGGCUGGCCAUAUCAUCAAAGAACAUCCCUGUGCUACACAGAGCAUAUGGGCAACCUCUGACUAUUCCCACUGUCCCCAGUCUGUACCAGCUGGGAGAGGACUGGAAUCUGCUUUGAAAUGUCAGUCCUGAGGAAGGACUGACAGCUGGGCAUUUUGGUUCUGAGCCCAUGCCAACAUCAGUAGGAUCAGUGGCUGCUGCAGGCCCUGCUUGGAGUGACCCAGCACAAGAGAGCUGCUGCAGCACCACACAGCACGCU